UUUGAUACAGUCACGUGAGCAGAAACGCGCUUCCGAAAUCUGAAUCCAGGCAUUGCCAAUCGUACUCGCGACCCUGGUCUCACUAGGGUGCUCAAAACGAACACCUUCGACUUUAUUCACAUCCCCGCUCGGUUCCAGCCUCUUUGCCCACCAUGUCGUCUGCGGAUAUCGCUGAAGAGAUCCGCGAGAGUUUUCCAGGGACGGAAGAGGUCAUUGUGCAAUAUCUAGCGGGAUAUCUCGUCGACGAUGCCGGCGAAGAAGAGGACGUCCUGCAAGUCGCGCACCAAAUACUGUCGUCUGUUGCCGGGGGCCGCGACGAUGUCCUCGAAAAGCUCAUGUUGCGCCUGGCCUCGAUGCUGGAGGGCACACUGCGAGAACGGAUGGAGAGGCAGGCGGGGCCGAAGCUGCAUAAGCUCGAGCACGUCCUGGAUAUGAGCAAGGGCACGAUGUCCAACACGCUUGCCUUUACGGAGGGUGUUGAUCUGGAGUCCAUCAACAAGGGAAAAGCAUCCAAAGUCGACGUCAAGAAACUUGAAAAGCAAGAGGCCAAGCUUCGGGCCAAGAUUGAGAAACGAUCUCGGCGGGACUUGUACGAAGGCUCUAAGCUGCUUGAUUCUCACCGAAAACAGCAAACAUACGAGGAAUUGUUCAUGAAGAUCAAUCCACUGGAAAGCGGCGCGUCAAGAAACAAGAGCAAGGAUGUCCACCUACCCUCUAUCGACGUCAACUUUGGCUCCAACCGUAUUCUCUCGAGUGCAUCCCUGACAUUGGCCUACGGUCGCAGAUACGGGCUAAUCGGGAGAAACGGUGUGGGUAAAUCCACGCUACUGCGACACAUCGCAAUGCGGGAGGUCCCCAUUCCUGCCCACAUCAGCAUUCUGUUUGUCGAACAAGAGGUUAUUGGCGACGACACGACUGUCAUCGAGUCCGUGCUCAAGGCCGAUGUGUGGCGCGACCACUUGCUGAAGGAAGAGGCGUCGCUCAACGCCCGGCUGACCGAGCUCGAAGCAGAGGGUGAUGACAAACGGUUUGUAGAUGCGAGAGAGGAGGCCUCUUCGCGGUUAGCAGAUGUGCAUGCCCGAUUGUCCGAUAUGGACGCCGAGAGUGGGCCGGCAAGAGCUGCAGCGCUACUGGCCGGUCUCGGAUUCGACGAAGCCGAUCAGCAACGUCCAACGAAAUCAUUCAGUGGCGGUUGGCGAAUGCGGCUGGCGUUGGCCCGAGCGCUGUUUGUGAAACCUUCGCUGUUGCUUCUCGACGAGCCUUCCAAUCACAUUGACUUGAAUGCUUUGGCUUGGCUCGAAGAUUACCUACAAACCUGGCCUGGCACAAUUCUCGUAGUAUCUCACGAUCGCGCCUUUCUCGACGCAGUGGCGACGGAUAUCGUGCAUCAACAUUCCUCUCGGCUGGAUUACUACAAAGGAAACUUUACGCAGUUCUACUCGACCAAGUCUGAGCGAGACAAGAAUUUGCGCAAGGAGUAUGACACACAGAUGGAAUACCGGAGACACUUGCAGGCUUUCAUCGACAGGUGGCGAUACAAUGCCAACCGGGCUGCCCAGGCCCAGUCCAAAAUCAAGAUCUUGGAGAAGGUGCGUUGCUUGCCCGUCGUUGUUGCUAAUGCUGGGAACAUCAUCGUGAAAUCUCAACAGUUGCCCGAACUGGAGCCGCCGGAAGAAGAUGAGACAGAAAGCUUCAAGUUCCCCGAGACGGAGAAAAUCUCUCCACCAUUGCUGCAGAUGAACGAAGUCACAUUCGGGUACACACCAGAGAGAAUCAUCCUCAAACACGUCAACAUCGAUGUUGGCCUCGACUCCCGCAUAGCUAUCGUCGGAGCCAACGGAGCGGGAAAAUCUACGCUCAUCAAGAUUCUGACUGGAGAAUUGAAUCCCAUGGCCGGUCAUGUCACCCGGAAUGGCCGGUUGCGGAUCGGAUACUUUGCACAGCAUCACGUCGACUCCCUCGUGCCCACGAUGUCGCCUGUGCAGUUCCUCGCGUCCAGGUUCCCGGGCAGGACGGAACAGGAGUACCGGCAGCAUCUGGGCAACUUCCAGAUCAGUGGUAUGACAGGUUUGCAAUUGAUUGCGACGCUCAGUGGUGGACAAAAGUCGCGUGUUGCAUUUGCGCUGCUUUCGCUGCAGCAGCCGCACGUGUUGCUUCUCGAUGAGCCUACCAAUCACCUCGAUAUUGAGGGUUUGGAUGCCCUCAUGAGCGCUCUGCAGGUCUGGAACGGCGGCGUGAUCAUCAUCUCCCACGACGAGCGUUUCAUCACCAAAGUCGCGCACGAGCUCUGGGUUUGCGGCAAUGGCACGGUCAGCAAGUUCAGAGGCGAUGUGCAGAGUUACAAGGACUUGAUUGUGAGCAAUAUCAAGGCGAAGCCUUGAGAGCAGUAACAGAGAGCGUCUUGCGAUCGUCAAAGUCGAACGCAUAGGACAGCUCAGUGUGAGAAUGAGAGGAUGCUUCUCAUUUGUCAACUUAGCUAAGUCAAGCCGUACGGGGGCUGAUUUGCAGUCCAGGAUCGUAGAAAACUUUCCUUGAGAGGGACUGCAGUAAGAUGCUGUAAUUGGAAAGCCCUCGUGAACAUCACAGAAUAUUUGACUGCAGCUGGCCUGAGGAGAAAACGGUUUUGAUAAUACAUUAUCAACGUGUUUUAUAAUAACUCUGAACGCACUCAAUCGAACAGAGACCGCAAGUAAAAGUACGACUUGACCAAAGAGUUGGCCACUCCCUUCAUGCUGUCCGGUAUGAAACUUUUGAACAAUUUUGCCACAUCAGCUGCGGCAUUCUCUCCGAAGAAUAUCUCCAGAUUGGCCGCAGACUCUUUGCCGGCGGAGUUUCCUCGGGUGCGCAUAGUCCUCUCAUAACCGCCGAGCGGACCCCCAAGGUCAGUCAUUCCAGGCUUGUGCUCCAUCAGCGCUUUGGCCAGAUCAGCCGCGUCCGCCAUGGCCAGGUUGACGCCCUCUCCAGCGAAUGGACUCAUCAGAUGAGCGGCAUCGCCCAAGAGAACGAUGUUGUUUAUCUCUCCGCGAGGGCGAGGUACCGAGUCAGUGGGCAACGCAUAGAUGGGUCGCAUCGUCGCAUCAGUCCCAACCCGAACCAGCUCGCGCAACGACUCUUCCCAGCCCGCAAACUCCUGCAACAUCAAUUCGAGUUUCGCCGCGUCGCCGUCCGCCAACGCAACAGCAGAUGUCCUGGACCACUCCUCCGGGACACGCAGCGCAGAGUAGAGCAUCAGCACGCCGUUCGAGUUGUGCUGUGCGAUCAGACCCUUGCCCUGCGAAAGCGCAAACAGCGCGCCCCCGCCAACCAGCGGCUGCAGCUGCGCGUGCUUGCGCACGUCGAUCUUCGUCUCGAGGAACGUGAUGCCGCUGUAGACGGGCUCCGCGCCGGGCCACACGAGCGUGCGCACACGCGACCACGCGCCGUCGGCCCCCACGACGAUGUCGACACCUUCCGUGACGCUGCCGUCCGCGAACUCGAUCGCGUACUUGCCCUCCGCCCCCGCGUUCCGCCGCACCGCGACUGCCUUGUGGCCCCAUCGGACCGUCCCGGGGAGCAGUGAGUCGAGGACCAGCGCGCGCAGCUGCGCGCGGUCGAUCUCGGGGUUGUAGUACUCCGCCCCGGGGCCCGCCUCGUCGAGCAGCACCCGCCCCGCGCGAUCGAGCACGCGCAUCUGGUCCCCGACGGGGCGGCAGAGCGCGAGGAACGCGGCGUGCAGCCCGGCGUCCUUCAUCGCGCGCUGCCCGCUCUCGUACUUGAGGUCGAGCGAGCCGCCGGCGGAGGCGCGGGCGGCUGCGUCUGCGUCCGCCUCGUAGAGCGUGAAGGUGAGGUGGGUGGGGUUGCGCACCUGCAGGAUGCGCGCGAGGGUGAGGCCGCCGAGGCCGGCGCCGAUUAUGGCGACAUGGGUGGAUGCCAUGGUGGAAGUGAAUAGGCCGUCUUUCAAUUCAUAUUGCAAUAUGACCACUACGAUCUGUACCUGGAACACGACCUAGACUUUGACCAGACGAUUAAAAUUGAAAUGAAUGUAGGAUGUGAAUGUGAUUUUGUCAAAAAGAAUCGCUUCUGCGAUUGUCCAUUUGCAAGGAUCGGCUUCCAAAAGUCGAAGCUGAUGC